AUGAGUCAUAUAAUCAAAAAAGGUGUUAUUGUUUGUAAAGGAAAAGAGGAGAAUGCGGGAAUUAAUUGGGUGAUGCGUGCACAUAAAACCAAAAAAAUUAAGAUUUGGCCAAUUAACACGACUUUUCUCACCAAUCGUCCAAUGAAAUUUAAUCGACAACUACAUUUUGUACUAUUAAAUAAGUUCGUAUAUGAAUAUUUGUACAGCAGUACACGCAUGGUGUGCACACAAAACCAGAAUGCUACCAAAAGCGAAAAAUUUUUUCUUUCCUUACUAAUGGUCCCGUUGAGCAAUAUAAAAAUAUCGCAGUAUUCCCUUUUGAUUCGAAACCAAAGAUUUUUUUGGGUUUUUUUUUUCUUCUUCUUUUACUCCAUAUCUAUAUUUCAACAACAACAACAAAACAAAACUAUACCCAUACUAAUACUAAUUUACUAA